UUUGCGCUUACUCUGCUCCGUUAUCGGAGACUUUAUGUCAUCAAAAUUUCAUAUAAGUUUACAAUUUUUACCUUCGUUUUACAGACCCAGUUGAUCUUGGUAAAUUCACGUGCAUCAAUUUACUUUUCAAAUUCAGUAUGAGCUUCCUUUGCCUUGUUUUGGAGAUCAUUCCGUACCUUGGGCGUAUCGUGCAAUCUGCCUCCUACCGCCUUCCGCCUGUUUUCGCCUGUGAAACGUUAUAGAAGGAUGCUGAAACUUUUAUGGACUAAAUAAUCUAAAAAUAAGAAGUUCGUUAUUGAACACUAUGAAGAACAGACAUUUUAUUUCUGUACUCAUGGCAUUAGAAAAGAUGCUUUUCAGCGGUUGUUAUAGGAAGGAAAGUUGUAUGUGAAACGUGAGAAAGGAAGACCCAGAGCAACAUGGACGGACUACAUAAAAAAUACGUUCCAAUCAAAAAUAUAUAGCGAAUGCACAGGGAUUGCACAAGAUCGAGAGGCAUGGCCAUCCAUGACAGCCAAUCUGUUGAGAGUGGAUAGCACCCAAUGUUGAUGAUGAUACAGCUCAUGAGUAUGGUUCGAUCUGCGUUAAGCAUUAUGUUCGUCUUUAGCAAGAUAACGUGAUAUAAAAUAGUAUAUGGCCAGAUAUAGACGCAGAAGGGAAAACCACCAUUGAUAAAUUUGUGACUUCAGCAUUUAAAUUUACUGGCUGUUGUAUGCAAAUAUGAUUUAAAGGGCCGACAUCAGUGAUAAUUUUUUCUGCCCUUAAGCUGGUUUUUCACCAUUAAAAUGCUGUUCGCCUUUAGCAAGAUAACUUCAUAUAAUACAAUGGAUGGCCAGACGUAGAUUAUGCAGAUAGACACAGAGCUCUACAGUCGACAAAAGUUGAAAAUGAAGCUCAAGGGACGGUUCCUUUUAGAAUGUGUGCUUGCCACUGCCGCUGCAUUCAUACUUCUGAACGUUUACGUUAACCACGGCGCCAAAAUUCGUAAACCUUCCUCCAUAUUUGACGCAAGCGGUGCCGAAAUAGAUGUUCUACAAGAUCUACUCUAUGGGACAGUGGAAGCGCUAGAUCCUAGGCUACUGGAGUUCGUGAGACGUAGACUGCUGUAUGCGCCGUCCAAGAGGCCUCGGAAUCUUACAACGCCCAACGCAAUCCAUUAUUCCCAUAGCGGACAAAGUAAAGUGAUCGAUAAAUGUCUGCGCCAAAAACCCGACGGGUUCUUUGUGGAGGCCGGUGCCUGGGAUGGAGAGAAGGACAGCAACUCAUUGUUUUUUGAAAUAUCACGCAAUUGGACCGGGAUACUGAUUGAACCCGACCCUAGAAAUUUUGAACAACUUGUCACGAAAAACAGGGCGGCAACAAUAGUCCAGUCUUGCAUCACAGAUAAACCCAUGUGGGUGGACUUCACGCUGUCCAGCAGCUUAGACAGCGGAGCCAUCCACCCAAUAAAUAAACGCAUAGCUAUUAAAGGAAAGAGCAGAAUACUUUGCCUGCCGAUUCAAACGCUUUUAGGCGCCAUGGGUAGAACACACGUGGACUUCUUUUCCCUGGACGUAGAGGGAGUGGAACUGAAUGUGCUUCAAGCUUUUCCUUGGGAUAAAAUAACGGUUGAUAUGUGGACAGUCGAAGUUCAUGAACUCACAAAAAACUAUAUUCAGGCGUUAAGAGAUAUUAGAGGGGUAUUUAAUCGAACCGGAAUGUAUAAAGAAUUGCAGCCACUCGGACAAGACCUACUGUUUGUGCGAAAAGACAUCCACUAAAGAUCAGGGAUGUUUUAUUAUUUCAUUUCUGUAUAGCUCUUCUAUAUUUUUGCCAGGACAAUCUGACAAUAUGUGUAAAGACUAUUUAAAAUAGGAUGCCGAAUGAAUUUAUUGCAUCUAGAUAAAAUUAAUGGAUCUUGAAAACUAAAUAGCUCCAGGCUUUAUGAACAGCAUAUGCAUGCAACUUAGAUAUGAGCCUGUGCCAGAAAGUGCCAUAGAAAAUAGCAAUUUUCAGACAACAGUAAUAAUGAUCCAUUUUGUUACUGUAAAAAGACUUAUAUUUCCUGUUAUAAUUAUAUGUCCUACAAAGACAACAGAGUACAGUGUUUCUAAGAAAAUGACUGGCAAAGAUGGCCGCCCAGCUGAUAUCCGAUGUUAUACUGGACACAGUAAUGUUCAUCAAAGGUGCAGGA